AUGCGCAAAGCCAUGAGGGAACGCGAUGGUCUGAAGGAGAAAUGUAACAAAUCUAGAAAUUCAGAAUACUGGGAAAAUUACCAAUUAAUCAAAAAUAAAAUUGUCAGCAUCAGAAAAAAGGCAUUACAGGGCUAUGCUAAAUGACCACGUGUAGACAAAUAUGCAAAUCAAAGACAGAUUUAGAGUACAUUUAAGCCUUAAAUUAAUUCACACAAGAAUAAACAUUAUGGGCGCAUUGUAUUAAAGGACAAUGGAAGUGUCAUAAGGGAACAAAGAAAGGUGGCGGAAACUUUGAACAACUUUUUCACAAGUCUUGGUCGUACUGAACAAAGUACUUCAGGUGCGAAACUCAACCCCGACGUUUCUCGCAUACAGCAAAACCUAACACCUAAACCUCUAUUGUCCUUGAGGAAAACAAACUCCGCCAAAGUAAAAGAAGCUAUGAUAAAGAUCAAAGCAAAGAAGGCAACGGGCCGUGAUCGUAUUCCACUAAGAGCCAUAAAAGAAUCUGCCGAAAUCCUAUGCCACCCUUUCAGUGAACUUUUCAAUUACAUCCUAGAUAAGUCUAAGUUACCUCAACGAUGGAAACUCCGAGAAGUCUCACGAGUUUUCAAGAAGGAUUGUUGCUUGACCAAGGCUAACUACAGACCGAUAACUAUUUUGCCGUCCUUGUCAAAAGUAUUUGAAACUAAAAUUCAUUCAAGAAUCAGUCCCUAUUUUGAAGAUAUAUUUUUGA